UAAAAAAGAAAAAAGAAAAAAAUAAGAAAAAAAUCGAUGCAUAUAUAUAUAUAUUAAAUAUAUAUAUAUAUAUAUAUAAACUAAAUUAACUAACACUGUACAAAGUCGCCCACCCGUCUUCUCUCACACAUUUUAACAUCCAAUUUAUAUACACGUGAUGUGUGCAAAUGAAAUUAUUUUCUGAUCAAUGCGAUAAUAUAUGCGACAAGGCGUAAUUCAAAUCGUUAUAUGAAUUAUUGUGUCUCGUUAUUUGCCAUUAUGUAAAUUAUUUAAAAUACAUAUAUCUAGUUAAAUAUUGGGUGACCCAAAUAACUCAAAAUAUUUCUUGCUAAUGAUAAUUUUAUCCUUGAUAUAUUAUAUAUUGAUAAAUAAUUUGUGUGUAUAUAUAUAUAUAUACACAGACAUAUUUUAUUUACAAUACGAAACAUAGACACACACACAUACGUAUUAUAUUUAAAAUCAUCAUUUAUAUCAGCAAGGAUCGAAAAGUUAAUUUUUUAAAUGAUAUGCCCCUGACGAUUGACAACCAUACGUACACUCUUGUAUGAAACAUAUGUAUCAAUGUAUCAAUCAGUUUUUUCAUUUAUGACUAAGAAUUUCACAAGAGAUUCAUUUAGAUUAAAUAAGAUUUACAAGAUAGAUUUGUUUAGAAAAGAUGAAAGGAGGUAUGAGUUCCAUUUCUUUUUUUUUCCUUUUUUUUUUCUUACUUCUUUUUCUAUUUCUUUUUAUAUUAGCGGGCAAUUCAAUACGCGAUAAGAUACGACGAGACAAAAUUCGAAGAGAUAUCAAGUACAUUCCAUUUCCGAAUAUCUUCAAAGCUUUCUAUCAAAUGAAAUAAAAUCAAGAAAUACCAUUAUUUGAUAAAAAUCGAUCAACAGAAAACGAUGUAAGUUAAAAGAAAAAUUACUUAGUUAUCAUGACGACAGCUUAUCCGAUCUCUUAUCUCCGAAUAGUAUCUGACAAAAUUUCGUCUGUUAAAGAAGCACAGUAGGUUUAUAAACCGAGCCGAAAGUUAGAAUCACAGAUUGAUAAAGAAUUUUUUCUUUUCAAGUCAAAGCGAUUAUUUUUUUUAGCGUACAAUUUGUCGAUCGAGUCAUAAUGAAAAUCAUCAGUUUUUUAUUGGUUGCAGCAUUAUCUUUUAAUCAAGUAAUCAGUGUGAAAGUGAUCGUCGAGGAAAAUUUAAAAAAUGCCGAAAAAAAGAUCAAUGACUCGAAAAACAAAAUCGAGGAUGCUAUUAAGGAUAUUAAUAGAUAUAGAAGUAAUCUCCAAUUUAUGUUCAACAACAAAAUAACGGCACGACAGGAACAACACGUAAAGACUAUUCGUUGUAUAACUGAUCUUUCGUUGGAAGAAAUUCGUACAUUCGUUUACCAUGCAAGAUCACAAGGCAAGAAUCCAACCAACUGUUACCAGAAUAGUCAAGCAGCUACAAGAAUCAUAAGCAAUCAUGGCUAUUCCUCGUUAGACAAAUGUGUCAAAGAAGCCAAAGUAUUUAUCGAGCAGGUUCAGACCACCAUCGAUAACAUCAUUACCACCGGUCAGACACUCAUAGCGGAACUAGAUUAUAUCUUCCCCAAUUGUCAUAACCGGCUGCCAAAAAUAAUAUUACAUUGUGUAACUCGAAAAAUCAAGAAAUACGAGUUAUACAUUAAAAAUUUCGAUUCAUCGAUAACUUCCAUGAGAACGACCGGAGACACUGCCUUCCAUCAAGGCUUUCUUCAUGGUAUCGCAUGUUACAACAACGUUCUCGUCAAAACUCGCGAAAGUGUACGAGCUAACGUCGCCGAAGCCGAAUAUUGUAUCAAUAAAUCUUAAUAAUUAUUGUUAAUUAAAGGGGAAACAUCAAUCUAGAGAAAUAUAUUUGCUUGACGAUUUU